AUGUCAGACAAGGUUAAUGACAUGGCUCAGAUUGAGCAUGUGGCCGAUGCGAGGGCCAGCUACGAUGUGAACCCGAAAGCCGAGCGUCAGGGCAUCGAUCCUGCACUUGAGAAGAAGGUUUUGAGAAAGGUCGACUUCAAUCUCGUCCCCAUCCUCUUUCUACUCUUUCUUUGUGCCUUCAUCGACCGCAUCAAUAUCGGCAAUGCCCGUAUCCAGGGCUUGGAAGCCGACCUCAACAUGAGUGGCCAAGAUUACAACAUUGCCCUUUUUACCUUCUUCAUCCUGUACAUCCUGCUCGAAGUGCCCUGCAAUAUUCUGCUCAAGAAUAUGCGCCCCUCCCUCUUCCUCUCGGCCAUCAUGACAGGAUGGGGCAUCGUAACCAUCUGCCAAGGUCUGACGCGGUCUUUUGCGGGAUUGGUCGUCUGCCGAGUCAUCAUUGGAGGACUCGAAGCGGGAUUUUUCCCUGCUUGCGUGUAUCUACUCAGCAUGUAUUACUGCCGACAUGAGCUGCAGUGGCGUUUCAACCUCUUCUUUUCAGCCAGCAUCAUUGCCGGGGCAUUCAGUGGCCUACUGGCCUAUGCCAUCGCUCAUAUGGAUGGAGUCGCUGGCUAUGGCGGCUGGAGAUGGAUCUUCAUCCUUGAGGGUAUUGCCACUGUUUUCAUCGCCGUCUUCAGCUACUGGAUUAUACCGGACUGGCCCGAGUCUGCCAAAUUUCUCAACGACGAUGAGCGAGCGCUCCUCGUCGAACGUCUUGCUCAGGACAGAAAGGACACUCACAUGAACCAUUGGGAUAAGAAGACUGCCAAGAGAAUAUUUUUGGAUCCCAAGAUCUAUCUCAGUAUCUUGAUGUACAUGGGCAUUGUCACCACCAGCUACUCCGGUUCAUUCUUCACCCCAACCAUCCUGAAACAACUGGGGUGGACAUCUAUUCGCGCCCAGAUCAUGUCGAUCCCCAUCUUCAUCUUUGCAACCGUGUGCGCACUCGUAUGUGCCAUCGCAAGCGACAAGUUGAAGCAUCGUUCGGGAUUCAUCUUCGGAGGUUGUCUCUUCACCACCAUCGGCUAUGUCAUUCUGCUCAACAUGAUGUCUGUGAGCGUUGGGGUACGGUACUUUGCACUAUUUUGUAUCGUCGGUGGGGGAUAUAUCGCCCAACCGAUUGUACUGGUUUGGGCUAGCAACAAUAACUCUGGCCAUUAUAAAGUUGGUGUCGCUUCUGCGAUGCAGGUUGGCAUCGGCAACGUGGGUGGGAUUAUCGCUAGCAAUAUGUUCGUCACCUCCCAAGCUCCAGAAUACCCCUUGGGCUUCGGGCUGGGCCUCGGCCUUGUCUGGCUCUGUGUUCUCAGCUCAGUCGUGUUUCUGCUUUACAUAAAGCGUGAGAACAAACUGAGAGAUCAAGGCAAGAGGGACGACAGGUAUAACCUGCCAGAGGACGAGAGAAACAAUUUGGGAGACGAUCAUCCGGCCUUCCGGUUCACUUUCUGA